UGUGACAAUCCUUGGAGAGUUAGCGUGCUUAGGCUGCGCGCGAGCUUGCUUGUACGGCUUUUGCUAGCAACCUCUGUUUUUUCCGGACUCUAAAGCAUUCAAGGGAAAAAGAUGGCAGCGGUGUCGACUGAUGCCCAGCAGAACGUAGUUUCCAGGGUUGCUAGUUUGCCCCUGGUGAGUUCCACUUACGAUAUGGUCUCUUCUGCUUAUGUCAACACAAAAGAUAAUUACCCCUAUCUGAAAUCUGUCUGUGAGAUGGCAGAGAAAGGAGUGAAGUCUAUUACAGCAGUGGCCCUGACCAGUGCCCUACCCAUCAUCCAAAAGUUGGAGCCACAAAUUGCAGUGGCUAAUACCUAUGCUUGCAUGGGUUUGGACAAAGUUGAAGAAAAAUUGCCUAUACUCUAUCAACCAACUGGUAAGGUAGGUUGCUGGGACAUAUUUUUAUUUGCCUUCAAUCCCAUCAUCUCAGUACAUGAUAUGGGCCUGAUGACAAAACUAAUAGGUUUGUAUUUUGACUCUGCAGAGAAAGAAGCUACCAACAUCGAAGGAUUUGAAACUGGAGACCAGAAGCUAAGUUACUAUGUUAGACUAGGGUCUUUGUCUUCAAAGGUCCGAGCACGUGCCUAUCAACAGGCUCUAAAUGCAUUUAGGGAUGCUAAGCUCAAAAGCCAAGAGACCAUUUCUCAGCUCAAUUAUACUGUUAACCUGCUGGAGUAUGCCAGAAAGAACAUGACUAAUGCUAACGUGAAACUUCAAGAUGCCCAACAGAAGUUAUAUAAUUCCUGGACAGAAUGGAAGAAAAACAUUAGCCCAAAUGGCGAGGCUGCUUCACACAGUGCUGAGCACAUUGAAUCGCGCACUCUAGCAAUUGCACAGAACCUGAGUCAGCAGCUUCAGACAACCUGCCUCACGCUGGUGUCCAGCAUUCAGGGUUUGCCCCAGAACAUUCAGGACCAGGUUCACCAUGUUGGGGAAAUUGCAGGAGACGUGUACAAAAGCUUCCGGUCAGCCUCUUCUUUCAAAGAAGUGUCUGACAACCUCCUUACUUCUAGUAAAGGGCAAUUGAAGAAAAUGAAAGAAUCGUUGGAUGACGUGAUGGAUUAUCUUGUUAACAACACACCCCUCAACUGGCUGAUUCCAGAUUUCACUAUAACAGAGUUGUCUUCAGAAUCUGAUGAGAUACCGGACAUCUCGGAUCUGGACGAAGAAGGACUGCCUGACUAUUCCCAUGCAAAUGGCCCAAUUACCAUGGAACAAAUAGUGGAAGCAUAAGAAAAACUGUCUCUGUCAUACAAUCUAUGUGUGUGCUGUGUGUGUGUAUGUGUAUGUGCAUCUACAUGCAUAUAGACACACAUGGAGUGCAUAUGCACACUUAAUUACAAUUCUGCAUUAUGGGACGAUAACUAUUGGAGAGUACAUCUUUGUUUAAUUUAGAUGAGCCAGCAUUCAGCUUCUUGAUUCAUUGUUGUUAUGGAAAAUAGAUAAGUAUUUUAGGAUAAGCCAUAGAUGCUUUAGGUGAUAGAUAAAUGUAUUGAAAUGGUCUUAAACUUCCUUUGAAGCUUAGAUCACAAUUGGGCCAAUAAUGGCUUUUGAAGCAACAGCCUUAACAAUUCACCUGAAAUGUGGCCUAUGAGAUGAUUUGCUGUCUUGAGCUUCCUUCCUUAGCAAAACAUGUUUAGCAACAUAUCUAUAUUUUACUUUGUCGCAAAAACGUCAAACAGAAAUAAUAUGUUGCUCAAUUCUCUGUGAUUGUUCAAUUCUCUGUAAUUGUGUGAUUAGGUGUAUUAAGCUUUUGAAACAGUUUUCUUAUACUCUUUGCCCUACUCAAAUACAUUGGGAGUGCAAUUCCCAGAUGACAAGGCAUAGAAUCCCAAUAUAUUUGGGAGAUUCAUAGUUGAAAAAGGCUGCUUUAAUGCAAUUUAAAAUAUUUGGUGUCUCUUUAUAAGAUUCUUGUCCAAUAUGUCCGUGCUUCAAUAACAUAUCAACCAAGAUGUUAUUAAAAUAAUAAACCUAUAUUCUGGCUGUGGAUUCAUAUAAUUUGAUAUUGCUCCCUAAAAUCCAUGGCAGCUAUCUAGAGGAAAUAUAUUUAUUUUAAAUAAUUAUUUUAAAUAAUUGAGUUAAAGCACACAAUUCCCCAUUAGAUUUUACAUUUAUAUAAGAAUUAAGUUUAAGAUUUAAAUGAGUCUGAAGAGAAGUGAUGUACACACUCAAAAAGGAUAUAAGAAAACUACCUUCUAAAAAGGGAGGAGUUUAGAUAAAAAAUAACAAAAAUGCAAUAACUAUACAUGAUGGCAAAAAUAUGAGAAAAUGACAUUUAUUCUGCAGGUUCUGCUCAUUGUAGAUUCCUGCUAAAACAUACAAUUUCAAAAACAGCCAUUGUAUAAGCACCUAGACCUAUAUUUCAUGAUAGAUUUGAGGAGUUUCAUGUUUUCUGACUGAAACCAUAAAAUAAAUAGAAAUGUGAUUGUUGUCAUUUGCUGUCAUCACCAUUUCUUUUCCUAUGCCACUGGAACUUUGUUUCUAUUUGUUGUGGGAAUAUGAGGACAUUUCUGGUGCUAAUUUAGUAGAUUCCAUAAAGUUAGAGUUAAGAAAUAAUUUACUUCUUUUUUACUGUAAGGUAAGUGCCUUUAAUAUCAGAUGUAGUAUGUAAGUUGUAAGAAAAAAUUACUGAAAUGCCUUGGAAAUAAACUUUGAACUGAUAUUUGA